CCUCAUCAGUGAGUCUGCCCCGAUGCCGGCCAGCCAGGCGGAGUUAUGUGGCUGUUUCCCACACUUGUGAGCAGCCAGAGGGCUCGCCGAGCUCCCUGCUGCCCCGGACAGAGAGCUGCCAGCAUUGCUUCAGAGCGGAUGGCAUCAGGAUGCUCGGCGGGCGGUGCUGCGGCUGCGGCGCUUGGAAGGUCGCGGCGCGGCUGCACGGUCCGCCGCGCUGUGCUCGCGCGCGCCAGCGAUCUUCCCGACCCUCUCCACCUCCUCCGCUCCGCACCGUCACUGAGCCUCGCCUCGCGCAGCCAUGUCCUCCUACAUCUACUCUCUGCUCGGCAAGAGCGAUCCCAACAGCUCGCUCGUCGUGCCGGGUGUCGUCGACGGCACACAACAGGCGCUGUGGAUCGCUGCCGCCAGCAUCUGCUUCAACCCGCUCUACUGGAAUAUCGUGGCGCAGAACGAGUACCGCAACCGCACCAUCACGAAAGUGCUGCAGGGCAACCGCUACCUCGGCUGCUACCUGCUCGGCGCCAGCAUCUUCCUGCUCGGACUGCUGCGCGAUCAUCUCUACAACACUGCCCUCUCCACGCAGCCCACCUCGCCGUACCUCGACACUCCGCUGGUCAAGCUCGGCGGCGGCGCGCUCUUUGCCGCCGGCAACGUGCUCGUGCUCUCUUCCAUGUGGGCCCUCGGCGUCACGGGCACGUACCUCGGCGACUACUUUGGCAUCCUGAUGCCGAGCAUGGUCACGGGCUUCCCCUUCAGCGUCGUGCCUGACCCCAUGUACGUGGGCAGCAGCAUGUGCUUCGUUGGCGUGGCGCUCUGGUUCGCCAAGCCCGCUGGUCUGAUCCUCUCGGGACUCGUCAUGGUCGUCUACCUCACUGCUAUGCGGUUCGAAGGGCCCUUCACCUCGAACAUCUACGCCGAAGCGGCGCGCGCCAAGAAGCGUGGUGGCUCUAGCAAGAGCAGCACUGCUGCCGCAGAGAUCGAAGGACCGGCUGCUGGCACGCGCUCGCACACUGACAGCCCGGCGGCCAGCACGCGGAGUCGUGCCAAGAAAAACUCGAACUGAGCAGCCUCUGAAAAGGGAAGGCGGAAGCGCGGAGAGGGGAAAGCGCGCGGCAAGGGAGGGUGAAGAGUGUCGGUCCGAUGAGAGCGAAGGCGGGCCACACCGAUGCACGAAAUAAAGAGAUUCGUUGGCGCAAGACGGGAGCAGGAGGGCAUGGAGGUCGCGCGCUUCGGCGCGGAGGUGAGGGGCGGAAGGAGC